UCAAGGUCACCGUGCUCACCCACUGCCCACAAGGGUUCUUCCAUCUACCACCUCACACCGUCAACCCACGACGUCAUGUCGCCUAAGACGAACCUUCCCGCUCCAUUGGAGGCCAUGAGCAAUGUUCUGAUCCACCGGGAACCUGGGCUCCCAGUCAUCGACGGCUCGCGGGGUAGUGGAGCACUCCGACCGGCCGUAGACCACAGUCAAACAAGGCACGUCACGAUGCCGCCACCACCGGCGAGGAGCAAUUCCAAAAGAAACUACAGUAUUCUCCGGAGCAGUGUAUCUGACAGUUUCCUUCACACGAGGGUUGAGCUGUUAGAAGACGCCCUGAAUACAGGGGCCGAGCCAUUCAGAGGGGUAGUGCCGUCCAGUCGCCAGGAAAGCCGGCGGAGGCCUUCGACUCCGAUCGUCGAGAGCGCAUCGAAGGCCGUGCUCGGGGCAAGAAGGCAAUUGCGAAAGCUGAGCCUAAGCGAGCAAGUACAAACUAGAACAGACUACGAUACGAAAACUAUUAAAGGGUUUUCAGAUGCGAAAAGGAAACAAGCGAAUAGAACGAUACCUCGAAUGGUCCACCCAAAAGGAAACAGAAGCCCCAGAUACGAGGAUGUGAACGAUCUGGUGAAAGAAAUUGAGAACGGAUCAUUUUGUGUCUGGAGAGAGAAAACGCGUAGUCUUCGACGCGCCAGUCAGACGUCCAGUAAGAAUACGGACAGAGAGAACCCAACAAUGACAAGGGAAGACGGUAGGGAAACCAUGGCUUCAAAUAAGCAGCCUGAGCAGAAAACGACUCGAGAGGAGACUGUCAUAAGACAUUUAAACUACUGCAGCUCGAGGAAGACUAAGCAAGUUGUGAACUGGCUCAAAGAGAUUAACAAGCAGGACAGCUUUGAGGUUAUUGAAUGAACCGAGAUCCAUACCAUAUCUACAAAUUUGACGGGAAAAUUAUGUCAGUCUUCACAAGACAUUAUGCAUGGGGCGUAUCAUGACCUAGUGGCUUAAGAUCAGCAUAGUGUGGGUUUGAG